AAUUCUGAGCUGGGGCACUUUACCAUGAGGCUGCAAAUGAAACAGAUGUGCUUGCUGUGAAAUUCUGUGGUGUCUGCACUUUUUGUACCAAAGGUGAUAAACGCUUUCCUUCCUGUGAUUUUUUCUUUCUUUUAUUUUGCACAUCUUUGCCAUAAAGGGAAUGAAAUGGAGAAGUUGAAGAAAUAUGUAUCAGUGAAAGAUGAAGAUCAGUUUUAUCAUCAGGGAGCUGUGGAGCUGCUAGUCUUUAACUUUCUGCUCAUUCUGACAAUAUUAACAAUUUGGUUGUUUAAAAACCAUCGAUUCCGCUUUCUGCAUGAAACUGGAGGAGCUAUGCUUUAUGGCCUUGUAAUGGGAUUAAUUAUAAAAUAUGCGACAAAAGCAUCAGAUGAUGAAAGUGGAACCGUUUAUGAAUGUGAAAAGCUGAAAUCUGGGCCAUCCACUCUGCUUAUUAAUAUAACUAAUCAGGUCUAUGAAUAUCAGUACAAAAGAGAGAUCAGCCACCACAAUGUCAAUGGUCACCAGGGCAACGCAAUCCUUCAGAAGAUGACAUUUGAUCCUUCCAUCUUCUUCAAUAUUUUGCUGCCACCCAUUAUAUUCCAUGCUGGAUAUAGUUUAAAGAAGAGACAUUUUUUCCGUAACUUAGGAUCGAUUUUAACCUAUGCCUUUUUGGGAACUGCCAUCUCCUGCAUCAUCAUAGG